AUGGAGUCCAAAAAACCUUCGUCAAUUGACUUUGUAACAGUCAAGACAACACUUCCCGUUUAUCCACUUCCACCAAAUCAUGAACGAAACACUUUUCGAUCAGAACGUCUAUCGAUGCGUCAUAUGACUGAGGAUGAUUUCGGUUUCCUUCGAACUCUUCGCACAUGUCCAGAUGGCAUGAAAUGGUCGUCGCAAGGAGGUCCCGAUAUUGAGAUAGAACAAACUGAAAAGAGUCUAAGUCUUCGCCUACCUCCAAAGGACGGCGAGAGGUACGAUUGGGUCAUCUCCCUCAUCGAGACAGGUGAGCCCAUCGGAUUAGGGGGUACCUGUGUAUGGUCGAGUGAAUUAGGCUGGCCGGCUCUGGGAUACAUCUUUCUGAAAGAGCAUUGGGGCAAAGGCUAUGCGUCUGAGUUUAUGAAAGUCUACCUCGAUGAGUGGUGGUCGCUCCCGAGGAACGAAGUUGAGCUCACAGUGGACAAGAACACAAUUCUCGAAGAUGACGGCGAUGUCAAACAGGAGUGCAUCUCAGCCAUCACACUGAGCGAAAAUGCCCCCAGUCAAAACGUCCUCAAAAAGGCUGGUUUCAAAUUCGUGUCGUCGUGGACGGAAGCUGAUACCAGAGACGAGUUUCAAGAAGUGACCCUACAUGGGUUUGUUGUUCGCAAGGGAAUGGUUGUCGUUUAG